AUGUCGCUCCUCCGAGCAGCCGUGAGGCAGCUGCGCUCGCGCACGCUCCCCCCAGCAGCGGUCAGCGACGCGUGGAACCAGGCGCGAUGCUUCGCGAACGGCACCGAGCUCACCGUGCGUGACGCGCUGAACUCCGCGCUGGACGAGGAGAUGGCGCGCGACGAGAAGGUGUUCAUCAUGGGCGAGGAGGUCGCGGAGUACCAGGGCGCGUACAAGGUCACCCGCGGGCUGCUGCAGAAGUAUGGGGCCAAGCGCGUGCGCGACACGCCCAUCACGGAGAUGGGCUUCACGGGCCUCGCGGUCGGCGCCAGCCAGGCCGGCCUGAAGCCGAUCGUCGAGUUCAUGACCUUCAACUUCUCGCUCCAGGCCCUCGACCAGGUCAUCAACAGCUGCGCCAAGGCCCACUACAUGUCGGCGGGGGACCUGACGAACUCGAUCGUGUUCCGCGGGCCGAACGGCGUCGCGCCGGGCGUCGCCGCGCAGCACAGCCAGUGCUUCGCGGCGUGGCUGAGCUCCAUCCCGGGGCUCAAGGUGGUGGCGGUGUACGACUGCGAGGACGCGCGCGGGCUCCUGAAGGCCGCCGUGCGCGACCCGGACCCCGUCGUCGUCCUCGAGAGCGAGACCAUGUACGGAGAGAAGUUCCCAGUCUCGGACGCGGCCAUGGACAAGGACUUCGUGCUGCCGAUCGGGAAGGCGCACGUGGUGCGGGAGGGCAGCGACGUGACGCUGGUGUCCUUCGGCAAGUCGAUGCGGACGAUCCUCAACGCCGCGGACGAGCUCGCGAAGGAGGGGAUCUCCGCGGAGGUGAUCAACCUGCGCUCGAUCCGCCCGCUCGACGGCGAGACCAUCACCGCGUCGAUCCAGAAGACGGGGCGCGUCGUGACGGUGGAGGAGGGGUACCCGCAGUGCGGCAUCGGCGCGGAGAUCUCCACGAUGGCGUGCGAGUACGCGUUCGACUACCUCGACGCGCCGCCGGAGCGCCUCACCAGCAUCGACUGCCCGACGCCGUACGCCACGCCCCUCGAGGAGGCGUACGUGCCGCGGCCCGCGGACGUCGUGCGCGUCGUGCGGAAGAUGUUCGGGCAGUGA